AUGACAAUGUUUUUAGCAGCCUUGGCAGUGCUCGGUUUGCACUAUUGCCAAGCAGAAAUUUACGCCAUAAGAUAUAAUUCUGAGUUUUACUUUGAAGAAUUCACUGAUGCGCCAGCUACGUUUGGUCCGGAUCUUUCUGAGGGAUCUGUCCGUGGUAUGCUGAUUAAUGCCACUCCCCCUAGCGCGUGCGAUGACAAACUAAAACCAGCACCUCCUUAUGACGACAACCUUUUGGAAAAAUGGAUUUUGAUGGUACCCCGUUAUACUCCUGACAUAAACUGCACGUUCGAGCAGAAAGUGCGCAUGGCACAACUCAGAGGGUACAAUGCUGUCAUAAUCUAUAAUGUAGGCUCCAAUGAUUUGGUGCCAAUGUCAGCUAAAAACAGCACGGGAAUUAAAAUACCCUCUGUGUUUGUUAGUCAGUCUUCCGGUUUGAUGCUGAAAAACGUUUACACUGACCCCAAUUAUUUUAUUGUAAUCACUGCAGAGACCCCGUUCAAUAUACAAACACAUCUAUUGAUACCUUUUGCCAUCGUUGUAGGCAUCUGUUUUCUUGUAAUGCUAGUUUUCAUGGUUGUCAAGUUUAUAAAAGACCGAAGACGGCAAAGACGUCACCGAUUGCCAAAAUCUCAACUAAACAAAAUCCCCACUUGUAAAUUCCAAAAAGGGGACAGAUAUGAGACUUGCGCUAUUUGUCUGGAGGAUUAUACUGAAGGGGAGAAGCUUAGGGUUUUGCCUUGCAAUCACAUGUAUCACAUGAAAUGUAUCGACCCAUGGCUGACGAAGAACAAACGUGUCUGUCCCAUAUGCAAAAGAAAAGUUUUUGCGCAUAACGAACCGCAUCCAGAUAGCGAUAGUGAUACUGACACUGAUGACACUACCCCUUUGAUUAGAUCUGGUGCCACUAGGGGGACUCAAGGAGGCACUUUUGAAGUCCAAAACGAAAGCAGAAGCAGAAUGGUUAGAGCUGCUCGCUCAAUAUCUCAACUGUUUGACGGCCGUAGUCACUUUUUGGCCGCCUCUGAUCAUCACAGCAUCAACGCUCAACAGGAAGAGAGGCGAAGCGUGGAAAAUUCUUCCACCAGUGACACUAACAGCAGUAGCAGCAGUCAAAAUGAACCGGUUCACGUGAUUGAUGAAGUCUCGUUUAUAAUUCAUAAUUCGGACCGACACGAUGAUAGCAAUGAUCAUGAAUCACACAGCAAUAAUCAUGAUACACACAACAAUGAUCAUUAUGAAUCAAUAGACACUGACCUACAAGAAUUGCCAAAUAAUUGUGAUCACGGGAGUCACGAUGACGUUGUAGCUUGA